CGAGACGAGUGUGUGCGACUCACAGAUUUAACCCAUUUUCCGCCUGGAAAAACCCACAGACUUCCUGUCCUCUCACAGAUCGGUGCACUGCCUCUUUAACUAGAGGGGCCGCGCAGUUAGAGCUGCAACAUUUUACAGGCUGGACAUCCGCUCACUCAGGAUCCAUUCAUAAAUAAGACAUCGUGUGGAAAAGGAAGCUCAUACAGCAUCUGUUUUUUUAUUCAGUUGAUCGUGUGCGAGCAGGAACCAGACAUGUCCAGCUCGGUCGGGGACUGUGAAUCGGGGGCACGGCUGGGAGGGCAGAAGUGACUUCCCAUGGCUGACCCCCCUGCUGAUGGUUUUGACUUUAUGUGCGAACCGUCAGGAGGCAGCUUGAUCUAGCUCAGAGCAUUUGUCAAACCCAGAGAAAUGCUCGUUUCCUCGGAAGGGUUGGUGUUUUGUACAUACUUCCGCCUUACUCAAGUCAUCCUCGUUUAAAUAGUCUACCGCUUCCAUCCCUUUUCUUUUUUAUUAUAUUUGAUUUUUGUAUUGUAUAAAUGACAAUACACCAGAGGAGCGGAGGACCUGCCAUACCGAUGGAGCUGUGAGUUAUGGCAGCUAAAGAGGACCUUUACGCCAAAGUGACGCCGCGGAGGCAGCGGCAGAGCCGGCCGAGCACCAUCAAACAUGGGUCCACUCUGGACGUGUUGCUGUCCAUGGGCUUCCCCAAGACCAGGGCCUUGAAAGCUCUGGUUUCGACAGGAUGGAAAAACGUCCAGGCGGCUUGUGACUGGCUCUUCUCCCACGUGGACGACCCGUUCUUGGACGACCCUCUGCCCAGAGAGUAUGUGCUGUAUCUGCGACCGAGUGGGCCGCUGCUCCAGCAGCUCUCACACUUCUGGCAGCAGUCCCGCCUCUCCUGUGGCAAGAACAAGGCACACAACAUCUUCCCCCACAUCACCCUGUGCCAGUUCUUCAUGUGUGCCGACGGGAAAGUCGAAGCCCUGACCGACGCUCUGCAGACCACCGUGGCCAAGUGGAAGGGUCGCAUCCCCAUGCCCCUCCCGCUGGAGCUCUACACCUCCUCCACCUUCAUUGGCCUCUUUGUGGAGGAGCAGAUGGCGGAGGUGCUGAAGAGUCUUGCGUCUGAUUUUGCAACGGAAGCAACAGAUAAAGCAGAUGUCCAUGUCGAGCCUCAUAAGAAACAACUCCAUGUCACUUUGGCAUACCACUUCCAAACCAGUCACCUUCCAAUCCUAGAAAAGUUGGCCAAAACGGUGGAUGUGUCUUCAGGCUGUGACUGGCUGGCUGUGCUCUUCUCACGGGAUAUUCGGUUCGCUAACCAUGAGACACUGCAAGUCAUGUACCCGUAUGUGCCUCAGAAUGACGACGAGCUGGAGCUGAUGCCAGGAGACUUCAUCUUCACGUCUCCGGUGGAGCAGAGCAGCGCCAGUGAGGGCUGGGUGUACGGCACCUCGCUGGGCACGGGGCUGUCGGGCCUGCUGCCUGAGAACUACGUCAACCGCGCUGAUGAGUCCGACACCUGGGUCGUCCACGGGUCUCACUCGAUGCUCACCUGUGCCUCUCCAUCGAACUCUGGCAGCCCCGUGGCUGGGUUAUUUUUUGACGGACAGCUGAACGACAGUCUGCUUGACAGUUUCAUGGCUCCUCCGGGCCUCACCGGCCUCUGUCCUCCGAUGCAGGUGUCGAGGCCAACCAGUCAGUCGUCCCUGUCCAAGAUGAGACUGUUUGUGUGUCGCCAUGGGGAGAGGAUGGAUGUGGUGUUUGGGAAACACUGGAUCACUCAGUGCUUUGACUCUCAAGGCCGAUACGUUCGCUCUAAUCUCAACAUGCCAUCCAGCCUGCCAGCGAGAAGCGGAGGUCACCGGGAUUAUGAUAAGGAUUGUCCAAUCACCGUGUUUGGCUCCACCCAGGCGCGUCUCGUAGGUGAAGCCCUGUCGGAGAGCCACACAACAGUAGACUUUGUUUACUGCUCUCCUUCUCUUCGCUGCGUCCAGACUGCUCAGCACAUCCUGCAGGGUCUCCAGCUGGAGGGAAAGACCAAAAUACGUGUGGAGCCUGGACUGUUUGAAUGGACCAAGUGGGUUUCAGGCACAUGUUUACCCAUCUGGAUCCCCCCAGCUGAGCUGGCUGCUGCUAACCUGAGUGUGGACACAACAUACAAACCUCAUUUUCCCGUCGGUAAGUUGGCGGUGUCAGAGGCGUACGACACCUACAUCAGCAGGAGCUUCCAAGUAACCCGAGAGAUCCUGGCGGAGAGCAAAAACCUGGGAAACACGGUGCUGAUUGUGGCCCAUGCUUCCUCUCUGGAGGCUUGCACUCGCCAAAUACAAGGCCUCAGCCCCCAAAACGCCAAGGACUUUGUCCAAGUGGUCCGAAAGAUUCCUUACUUGGGCUUUUGUGCUUGUGAAGAAAUGGGAGAGACCGGGGUGUGGCAGCUGGUCGACCCACCCAUCUUGCCUCUGACACAUGGACCCAAUCACAGUUUCAACUGGAGGGAAAUGCUCAUGCAAGACUGAAGGAUUUGCUGGCUGGCUUUCUAUCUUUUGGCAGCCCUGAACUGCUGACAAAUAUUUAUUUUGAACCCACCCUUCUGCUAUAAAUUCAGCCCAACUACCAAAAAAACUACCACAAAAAAAAACACGUCUCGCUUCCGUCAAAGACAUCAUGCAAAAAUAAAUUGCAAAUGUAUUCAGACGCACUGCUCAGGAAAGAGAAAAUACAGUUUGUGUUGAGAAAACAGCAAAAAAAAGACCUACAGUUUGGGCGGCGGUUUCCCUCAACGUUUCACUUCUUCGCCCAAAAUGUAGAGGCGCUACGAGAAACGUGGACAUUUCUUGAAGGUUGAUGAUGAGUUAGGUUUUAUGCCACGGGAAGGCGUCGUUGUCUGUGGCUCCUCCACCGCCGGGGCGUUGAAGACUUUGCGUUAUGCUGCCUUCUCACACACUGUGACAAGAAAUAGAUGAGAAAGACUUGUACCACAGAAAUAUUUGUACAUGUGUCGGAAAUUAUUAUUUAACUUGUAGCUAUGACACUCCUGCAAAAAAAAAAGCACAAAAGAAAUGUUGACAAUCAGAUCGGGGAAAACUGAUCUUCAUUUUUUGUGGUGCUGAGGUGGGUAGUUUAUGAUACAUGUUUAAUUCCUGUAAAUGUCAUAUCAUUACAUGAGUCUCCUAAGUUAACAUUUGUGUGCACACAUGAAUUGUUUAUCCUUCCUAUAAUGCAGUUUUGAUUGCCACCACAGGAGCAAUCAAGUCAAUAUGACAUAAACAAAUUAAUAUAAUGAAAUGCAGACUGCUCUUGGGUGCAAUGUCUCAAACGUGACAUUCUGUAAGCCUGAUAACCACACUGCUUUUCAAACACUCGGUGCAUUUAAUUUGUUUUGGUUAUGUCAGAUGAUUUAAGCGCUUACUGUCUAUACCAAUUAUAUGUUGAAUGACUCCGAAAUUCUAUUGAUACUGAAUAAAGCAAGGUUGUGGAGUUAUGAAGGCCUAUAUAUA